AUGCCACAGGCCUUUGCAGAGUUGCAGGCUAAAAUGGUUGACACCCAGCAGAAGGUGAAGCUGGCAGACCUGCAGAUCGAACAGCUGAGCCGCAUGAAGAAGCACGCCAACCUCACGCACGCAGAGAUCACAUCGCUCCCUGACAGCACUCGCAUGUAUGAGGGAGCAGGACGCAUGUUCAUUUUACAGUCAAAAGAUGAGAUUGCCUAUCAGCUUUUGGAAAAGCAGAAGACGGCAGAUGAGAAGGUCAAGGAGCUUGAGGUAAGUUAG